CCCGUGCACGUUGGUGUUCUUCAAGGUUAGCGUCCCGGCGAGGUCAGGAACGCUCGGUGUGGGUAUAAAGAGGACCCGGGAACAUCACCUCGACACAGUGCGGUUCCCUCCUCCGUCUCCAACUCACCUCAACACACACACCGGCACCAUGAGGACUUUGGUUGUUUUGGCAGUGCUCGGCGCCUGCUCUGCUUUCCCCUUCAUCCCGGACGCCCCUGAUGUGGCGGCUGAGAAAGCCCGCUUCUUCCAAGCGUAUCAGGCUGCUCAUGCCGCCAAUCUGCCCAGAAGGCGCCCCACCCACAGCUUCGCGCCCCAGCAGGGAGCGCCCCAGCAGAGCUUCGCGCCCCAGCAGGGCUUCGUGCCCCAGCAGGCCUUCAACCUUGCCCCCGCCCCCCAGCCCAAGUGGACCGGUCCCGUGGCUGCCGUCGUCCCUGCCGGCCUCCCUGGCUCUUCCCCAGUCCUGGCUGAGACCCCCGAGGUUGCUGCCGCGAAGAAUGCCUUCCUGAACGCCUACAGCGCCCAGAUUGCCGCCACCGUCCCCCGCACUCCCUCUGGCCCCCAGCACACCUUCCGCCCUGCACCCCAGCAGUCCUUCCACUCUGCACCCCAGCAGUCCUUCCGCCCCCAGCAGUCCUUCCAGCCCUCCUUCAGUGCCCCCGCUCCCCCCCAGCCCAAGUGGACCGGCCCUGUGGCUGCCACCGUCCCCGCUGGCCUCCCCGGCUCCUCCGCCGUCCUCAACGACACCCCUGAGGUGUCAGCCGCCAAGAAUGCCUUCUUCAGGACCUACACUGCCCAGGUGGCAGCCACGGCGGGAGCGCCGGGUGGCAAUUUCUUCUCCAACAUGAGGGCUCUGGUUGUUUUGGCAGUGUUGGGCGCCUGCUCGGCUUUCCCAUUCAUCCAAGAUGCCCCCGACGUAGCGGCAGAGAAAGCCCGAUUCUUCGCAGCUUACGAGGCUGCUCUGCCCGCUACCCCCCCUAAGCCGGCUGACCCACCCAAGUGGUAUGGCCCCCUGGCCUCUUCCAUCCCAGCCGGCCUCCCCGGCUCCUCCCCAGUGGUGGCCCUCACUGCUGACUUGGCUGCCGCUCGCAAUGAAUUCUUCUCGACCUACAACGCCCAGGUUGCCGCUGUCGCCCCCCUGUCCAAGAAUGCCCCAGUCUUCAAGGUGGUGGCAGUAGCCCCCGGCCCCUGGACCGGCCCCGUGGCAGCCACCGUGCCUGCCGGCCUUCCCGGUUCCGCCCCUAACGUGGCCGACACCGCCGAUGUCGCCGGCGCAAAGGCCGCUUUCUUCGACACCUACAACAGGCAGGUGGCUGCCGUGGCGCCAGCUCCCAAGGUCUAAGCCGCACUGUGAUAGAUUAAAUUUAAUUCGGACAAUUUGGUGGAAAUGUAACAUUUAUUGAGAAAAUUCUCAGUAAAGACCUGAAAUUCA